GUUGCAUUGUUUCAGUAUUAGUUGCCUUCUAGUUUGUUUAGUUUCAAGAUUGCGGUAGUGAGCAAUACAGUAACAAAGAAGCAGUAGUUGAAAAUUAAGAAAAAUCAUAUAAUGGUUGAUCAGAUAGACAGAUUAAUUAUUAAAAGUGAACCCUUCUACGCUGUAGAAGAACCAGACCUCCUCAACGGACUUGGCGCCAGUCAUUUUCCGUUGGGGGACAGUGAUCUGCGGACGCUCUGUCUAAAUAGAUUGGGACUGUGUGAGGAAACAGUGGCACUACUCGAAGCCCAACAAAUCGAUGUCGAAUGUAUGAAGAAAAUGCGAUUUGAAGAUGUAGAUGCACUAUUUGAUGGACGUCCACUGGGUCCAAAAAUCCACUUCCGGGAGGCACUUAUUUCUUGGCGAGUAGACAUUGGCAUGCCGAUGAAAAGUUUGCGAAUGAUUUCCUACCGCAAACGAUCCGCCGAUCAGCUGGAACCGGUCCCUUCGUCGCGACCGAUGAAAUAUUCUAGCAGCAUUGGCUGUGAACCAAUAAGAAAUAGUUCCAAUAUGGCUGAGUCACACAAAUUCCACAAAGGGGCGCCCAACAUUUCCUAUAGGACUUUUCCCUGGCCUAUGACUGUGGAAGUGCUGCAGGACAUGUUGCACAGUUGUAGCAUUGGAAGGAUGAUUUUACAUUCCGGCGAGCUGGGAAGUUUAGAAAAGUCCUUUCAAAGCCAGUUGACAGCUAUUGUGGUCGAUUAUCACAUGGAUUAUGACACGAAGAUAUCGGCACCGCAGUUGGAAAAUUAUUGCAGAUGCAUUACAACGUUAUUUCCGCAUGAAAAUAAGAAUACGUACCACAUUCCCCGUGGACCUACGAGACGGAAUCCGGGUGGUUUGUUGUAUUCCAGGUUUAUCAACCAGAAAAUAAGCAAGAAAGCCUUAGCCAUCGGGAGCGGUUUAGCAACUCCUUUCAAUAUGUGAAUUAUACCCUUCGGGUUCAUAUGUUCCUAUUAUAUAAUUUAACAACACAAAGGUGCUGUUGGUUGUGUUUCUUACUGUGUAAGAUUGAGUGAAUUUAGUUCAAAGUUAUGUUUAAUUAUGUUUCUGAAGUUAAUAAAUUAUUUGGUCUAGAAAAAUA